AUGACUACAUUAUCCUUCUCUGAGAAGUACAGUUUCUUUGAGCUCUUUUCUGGGGAAGGAGCAGUGACUCAAGCCUGGCACGACAGAGGCUACGCCACGGCCAGUUUUGACAAACUGUACGGGGCCCCCAUGGACUUCAUCUCCAACUCUGGCUAUUCGAUUGCAAUGUGGGUGGUCCUCAACGAAUGCCCGGACGCAUGUAAUUUGAUAGGACCAGAUUGCUCCAGUUGGGGAGUCCCGGCACGUGCCAGCAGCAUGAGAAGUUUUAUCAACCCGCAUGGCCGUAUGGCAAGUUCAUGGGUCGAUUCCAACAAUUGCCUUGUCAGCAGGUUGGUUUUACUGCUCCUCCUAAUGCUGUCGAAGAAUGCCACCUGGGUCGUGGAGCAGCCAAGCCAGACUAUACUUACGAGACACCAUCGUUUUGAAUGGCUCACGAACAAGGUUUCCAAGGUUUUCCGCCAGAGAACGUGGAUGAUGCAGCAUGGUGGACCGACACCAAAGCCAACACUGCUACUGUCUCCGAUGUGCACUAUAUCACAAUUGGACCUCGGCCCUCUCCGAAAAGCCGAGCGGCAAGCCAAAACGCGUUUCCAAACAGUCCGCAGACACCUCGACAAGAAGCAGCAGAAGCGGUUCUCCGGGAAAUUGAAGGAGCUGAAGAAGUCCGGGAAUCCUGGGCCGCCACAGGGGCUGGGGAUUAAUGGCUAA